AUGUUCGACCAGAUCUUAUAUGACGUUACUUCCAAACGACCACUCGUUCACUGUAUUACGAACUACGUCACUGUCAGUGAUUGUGCCAAUAUUAUUGCAGCAUGUGGUGCCUCACCGAUUAUGGCCGAUGAUCACAAUGAAGUAGAAGACAUAACAUCAAUUUGCAAUGCACUCGUUCUCAACAUUGGCACACUGAACGAAAGAACAAUUCAAUCUAUGAUUAAAGCUGGCAGAAAGGCAAAUGCCUUAAAACACACUGUGGUUCUUGAUCCGGUCGGAGCUGGUGCUUCUAAGCUACGCACAGAGACCACUUAUAAAUUAUUGGAUGCAAUUCAAUUUUCUGUUAUUCAUGGAAAUAUUUCUGAAAUUAAAACUGUUGCGUUGGGAAGUGGAACGACGAAAGGUGUCGAUGCAGAUGUCAGUGACACCGUAACGGAAGAAAAUUUAUCCCAAUCAAUUGAAUUCAUUAAAACAUUAAGUAAAGUACGUAACUAA